AUGGCCUCGACGGUGAUUGUUGGAGGUGGCAUAAUUGGCAUCGCGACAGCUUAUUAUCUCUCAGAACAUCAACCGGGUUCAAGCAUCCACCUUGUUGACUCAUCAGCAACGCUAUUCGCCUCGGCAUCUGGCUACGCUGGUGGAUUUCUCGCGAGGGACUGGUUUCAUCAAGAUCUUGCAUCUCUGGGAGAACUGAGUUUUGAUGAGCAUGAGAAAUUGGCAAAGGAGUUUAAUGGGAGGGAGAAAUGGUUGUAUGCCAAGUCAGUGACUUUGAACUAUGAGCUACCGAGAAGGAAACCCAAGGAUUCGACUGGUCAGGAUUGGCUACGUGAUGGAGGGAGUCGUGUGGAUGUGAUAGAAGAGAGAGGGGAGGUUAAAGACAGGAAUAGCCCGCCUUGGUUGAGACGUAUCAAGGGUGAUGCUCUCAGCUUGGUUGAUCAUGGUGAAGGGACAGCUGUUCUAGACCCCCUAAAACUAUGCCAGUUUCUCCUGGAGAGGUGUCGAGCAGCGGGUGUACGGAUCCAUAACCCUGCCGUUGUUCUAAGCGUGGGCGCCGACUGCCAUGAUGAGCUAUCAUAUGUCCGUAUUGGUUACACAGACUGCUCCUCAGAGACACAUAUUCCAGCUACACGAACACUUGUAUGUACUGGGGCAUGGACCCCAAGUGUCUUGGAGUCCAUGUUUCCCGGAUCAUCUAUCAACAUACCCGUCGUACCGCUCGCAGGACACUCACUGGUUGUACGAAACCCCGCAGAUAUCGGCGAUGCGUACCACUCUGUAUAUACAAACAUGGACGACUUCUCGCCGGAGAUUUAUGCUCGACCAAAUGGACAUAUCUGGCUCGGUGGCGUGAACGCAUCUUUGCGGCUACCACCACUAGCAACAGGUGCGAAACCCGUGGAUGCGCCACUUGAGAAGUUGAAGAACCUGGCGAGGCAGAUUAUCAGAGUUGAGGGUGAUGAGCUGGAGGUAAUACGGACUGGGUUAUGCUUUAGACCUGUGUCAGAACGAGGAACACCCUAUAUCACACGCAUAGAGGAUGUGGAUCUACGACAAGGCUACAGGACACGGAAAGGACGUGAUGGUGGCGUCUAUGUAGCGACAGGGCAUGGGCCAUGGGGGAUCAGUUUGUCGUUGGGAACGGCGAAAGUUAUGGCUGAGAUGAUGCAGGGAAGAGAGUUAAGUGCUGAUAUUAGUAAGUUGGGAUACUGGCCGUGA